AGUUGCGUAUUCCACGAAGUCGUUCACCGAGUGCUUCUCGAAGAGCUUCUCAUGAAGAUCCAAAAAGGAAGUUUGACCCAUUUGUUGUGUGGGGAAAAAGGUCUCGUCUGGUGCAUUAUCGAAGCAUUUCUAGUCGGCUUUCAUUCAUCGAGACUUUUUCGCCAAUUUUUUCCGUGGGAUUUCAUCGAAAAGUUCGUCGCCUGGUCUCAUGAACUGCUGAUGGAUCCAAACUUCCUGUCCAGUGACGAAAGCAAGUCGCUCAUGCGCUAUUGCUGUGCACUGGUGUCCAAGAUCGAUUCACACAGCGCACUUGGGAAGGACGGCAAAUUCGAAAUGUUCAUCCUUUUAUCGAUAAGGGACCAUAUGCUUUCCGGUUUGAUUUCGCUCUUCGCUGCUGCUCCGGUGACUCAGAUGAUCUACAACGAACCGUGCUUUCUGCGGACUCCGCAGUAUCGUCUGUAUCUGACACAGCUACUUCUAGCAUUGGACGAGUUCAACUUUGACCUGGAUGAGUCUUUGAUAUUUCCUUUGCCUCUCCUGUACUUCUUGAAUCAGAUUUUCGGUUUAGGUGGCACAAAGAAGCUCAAGGACGAUUUCACUUUUGAUACCAUGGGUUACACUUUUCUGCUGCUCAAUGAUCUGUCAACAGCGUCCACGACCAUAUGUAUGAAGAUGAAGCUCAACAUAAAGGAAUUAGGCAAAAAUGCUGUCCUUUAUUACAACUCUUUGUUCACUUUGCCAUUAAUAGCUCCCUUGAUUAUGUUCGAAGGCCUGCCAGAGGUAAUGGCAUUUGACUACUGGACGGAUCCAGUAUUCAUAGGAUUGUUUUUGCUCUCGUGUUUUGGUGGGUUUUUGCUUAAUGCCGCUACCUUAUGGUGUACCCACUGCAACGGACCACUUGGUACUUCCUGUAUGGGCACAAUCAAAAACAUAUUUGUCACGUACAUCGGAAUGGUCAUUGGCGGCGACUAUGUUUAUUCUUUCUGGAACUUCGCUGGAAUGCACAUAAGGUAUGGUGAUUUUGGUUGUUUUUUAUUGCUUUCUUGAAU